CACGAGUUCUUAACAACUGAUUUUUCUACAUUCUUGAGAUAUUCUCAGUUGUUGGAGAGCAAUUGCUUUUUUCUUUGUUAAGACGCCCUUGAAAAAUUAUAAACAUGCAGUCACUACGAGCUUCAACGAGGGUAGCAUCCCAAUUCCGAGCAGCAGCAUUCCCCAGAUAUGUUAGGACGUAUGCGGAGGGGAAAUCCUACGAGCAUAUCAAGGUUUCCUCACCGAAACCGGGUGUUGGAUUCAUCGAGCUCAACCGACCUAAAGCUCUCAAUGCCCUCUGCACCCCUCUGAUCCUCGAACUCAACUCCGCUCUCCGAAACUACCAGGCCGAUAACAGUAUCUCAGCCAUCGUUCUCACCGGUUCGGAGCGCGCUUUCGCUGCCGGCGCCGAUAUCAAAGAGAUGAAGGAUCUCUCCUUCGCGGAUGCAUAUGGCGCUGAUUUCAUUGAGACAUGGUCAGACCUCGUCACAUUCUUGAAGAAGCCUCUCAUCACGGCAGUAAACGGAUAUGCACUUGGCGGAGGUUGUGAAUUGGCUAUGAUGGGUGACAUUGUGUAUGCCAGCAACAGUGCAGUAUUUGGCCAACCGGAGAUCAAGCUUGGUGUCAUCCCCGGUGCUGGUGGGUCUCAAAGGUUGACCAAAGCGAUUGGAAAGUCAAGAGCCAUGGAAGUCAUACUCACAGGAGAUAACAUUUCGUCCAAGCAAGCGGGCGAGUGGGGUCUUGUAGCCAAGGUCUUUGAGACUCCUCAGGAGUGUGUUGAUGGCGCCUUGGCCACGGCAGCAAAGAUAGCUGGCUACAGCCAGAUUGCUGUCAAGGCAGCUAAGGAGGUGGUUAACAAGAGCCAGGAUCUUGGUAUUCGAGAGGGUGUUGAGUUUGAGAGGAGGGUUUUCCAUGGUCUUUUCGGUAGCGAGGACCAGAAGAUUGGCAUGACAGCUUUUGCCGCAAAGAAGAAGGCCGAGUGGUCAAACAAAUAGAUUACUACUGUCUUAUCAAAAUAGAAACACAUUAUCUUGC